AUGGCGAUAGACGCGGAGACAUUUUACGGGAAGAGGAAAAGCGAGAAACCCAUCUUCGAAGGAAACAUAGAAAAAUACGGCAUCUUGAAAAGGCUAAAACGGUUCGACCAGUCUGUUUCGCAGGGUAUAAGAAAAAGGUGGUUCUACAAACAGCACGAGGCCCUUUCGCAUUACGCCCAGAUAGUGGAAAUAGAUUCACACGCGAAGGCAGACACUGAUGUGGAGGCGGAGGGGGGGGCACCCCCAAGUCGGGCCGCUUACCCCCGCAACGGACAGGGAAUAAUCAUAUACACGGAAGAGAUGGAAAACGCCAAGAGGUGCUUCAUACUGGACAGCCUCUACCGCUUCCUGAAGUUCUACUGCUUCUACGCCGUGUCGUUGGAAGAUAUAUACUUCGAUGAGGGGAAAGUACAAAAAUUGUCCUCAUGCGGAUCGCCACCAUGCAAAUCACCGCCAAACGAAGGGCGCCCAGGGGACCCGCCGCCAAAUGACCAACCGAUGCACCUCUACGAACUCAUCCUGGCGAACGAAAAACGGUGGCUCUUCUUCGACCUGGAGUGCGACGUGCUGAGCGAACGCCAAGAGAAGGACUGCGUGCUGCUCAUAUUCCUCAUCGAGCUGUGCCUAUUCGUGUACGCCAACUUUGACGUAAAAAUUUGCCUAAACGAUGCCAUAAUUUUAGAUAGCUCCACCAGCGAAAAAAUAUCUUUCCAUGUGAUUGUAAAAAAUAUUCAUUCCCUUCACGAUGAUGAUGAUUAUUAUGAAUAUUUAAAAGAUUAUUGUCACUUUUUUCAAAAUCGCCUGAACAAGUCAGAUGAUUUUUUUUACGACAAGUAUAAGAAAAGGCAAACAAAGUUGACUGCACAAAAGAAUCAGAAAAAGCUUCUCCUUUUUGACAACGAAAAUUGCAUAAAAUAUUUUGUUGACCUGUUUAUAAAUCACAUCGUGCGAGCGAUACAGGAAAGUGAAAACGCGUGCGUCAUUAAUUUGUCUACAGUUUAUAUAGAGCGUGAAAAGGGGGUUUCUCUUCCCUGUGAAGACAACGCAAAUGAGUGUUCCCUUGGUAGUACUAAAGUGGGAGACCGGACAAGCGAUACCCACGAGGGAAGCAUCACCAGUGGAAGUGACACCACCAGUUGUAACUUCAAGGGGAGGUCUCCAAAUUUGUCUGCGCCAGAGGGGGAUCACCAUAGGGAUGCUUUUUCCAACCCUAACUCGCACAAUUGGCAGAGUGAACCCCCCGUUGAGGAGAAAACCCCUCUCGACCUGAUAAACGACUUUAGCGAGAUACACGAUUUGGUGAUGGCCAUCAGUAGGGGGGAGAUUCCCAGCGAGCAGAGGAGCCCCCUCUGUGGAGGGGCACCCAACGGGGGAGGAAACCAACCGAGGGACGCAAAAGAAAGAAAAAAAAAAGGUUCCUACUUCUCCCUGUACAAUAAAUCACUAAACGAUGUAGUGAAAAGUUACGUUGCCAAAUUGGAAAAGGCAAAAGGAAACAACUAUUUCGACAGAGCAGAUGAUAAUUUCCUCAUUCUGCUAUUUGCAAUGAAGAGGGAAGAGAGUGCAGACAAAUCGGCCGAAGAGAAUGCCUCCCAUGUGGACAACAAAAACGGUGAGCCAACUCUCCAGAAGGAUAUUCCACCCGUAGAGGACACUGAGGGCACUUCCGCAGGGGAAGAAGCAAACACUCAGGGCGAUCUCCAAAAUGAGGAGGAACUUUUCCAAAUGCACAGAAAAAAAAAUGGGGACCACGAAAUGGUACUGCUCAAAUGUAUUGUGGAUAACUCUGUGUAUAGCAGGAAUAGGAACUUCCGCAUGAUUUUUUCGAGCAAAAAAAAAAAAAAAAAUAACAGCAAAUUGAUGCUCAGCAGGUAUAAUGUGAAGAGAUAUAGCAAAGCGAACGUGGACAGUUUGAUAUUAAAAAGUUUGGUCACCUUUUACCAGGACGAGGAUGCCAGUUGUCAAAUAGGGGAGGACGUAAUUUUUAAGAGGGACCAGGGGGAGAGGUUUGGGCAGCCGCAUAGGCAGCUGGGUGAGCAGCUGGGUGAGCAGCGGGAUGGGCAGUCGUAUGCACAGCUGCUCAGACCGAUGCGCGCCCCUCCCCCUAUCUCUUUUUCCCGCCUCAGCACUGGCAACGCGAAAAGGUCGCGCAAUGGAGCAACGCCCGGCACCACAGAGCUGUACGUACACAGAAGCAUUCAGCUGGACGACAUCAAUCAUGCCCACGUGCACACCAUUUUAAAAAUUAUUUUCUUCUGGAAUUUUGAAUUAUAUAAAAAUUUUAAAAACAAUAAAAUAUAUGUAAACAAAUUUCAAGGAGAAAUAAGUAAAGAAUAUUUUUACAGAAUUGUUUCCAUCCAUAAUAAGCUCCAGUACGACCUCUACAUGCAUGGCGCAAGCGAGGGGGAAGUCGCCGCAUCGGAGGAGUGUCCUGCCCUGGAAAAGGCAUGCACACAGGGGAUAGACAAAAAAAACAUCACAUCAAAGGGGAUGCAAAGGGAGGGUCAUGUGGGCCCCCCGCGGAAAGGCAUAAUCACACCACAAUUUUGCAAAAACUUAGACACAUAUGAUGAUUUAUUUUUAAAAAAUGCAGAAUUUUAUGCGUACGUCUUGGAUGAAUAUACAAAAUGCACACAGAUGAAAAAUGAAAAAAAUUCCUCCCUCCUCUUGCUCAUAAAAUAUUUUAUAUAUUCCAUCACAUGCAACGCGGAAGAGUACAUUCUCCAUUUCAGGGAAAACAAAUUUUGUAAAAAUAAAAACCGCGCACACAAAUCGAAUCACAUAUACGUUGUUUUUAACCACCUCAAAAAUUUGUUCGUGCAGAAAUGCCACGACAGUGAGUGUUCCCACUUCGUUUCGGAGAUUUACUACCUCUAG